GCAUCUGGGUAACAGCGGCUUUCACUUCGCCCCAGCUGCUGGUUUAUGACGGAGUCAGUGCCUCAUAAAAUGAAACCUUUUCAGUUUUUUAAAUAAGUUAAAACAAAACCUGGGCCCGCGGCAGAAAAUUUUUAAUCCUGGUGUCAGUCAGCUCUGUUUAGAAGUCGUUACGCCGGCUGGGCACCAUGAACGAAAAUCAAGGAGAACUACAGACCGACACCUCAUCGCUGUAUUCCAGCACCUUCGGCCAGGUUAUCUUCGUCAAUGUAGAAAAGGUGUAUCUGACAGACGUUCCUGUGAAAUGCAACUACAUACUGACGCCCAAGAUCAUUGCCCAUAAGAAAGACUGGAUUGGAAUUUUUAAGGUUGGUUGGAGUACAGCUCGUGAUUACCACACUUUUGUGUGGGCCCCUCUCCCUAAGGAGGACAACCAGGUGGAGCGACAGCAGCAAGUGAUGUUUGAAGCUUAUUAUCUCCCAAAGGACUAUGAUGACUUUUACCAGUUCUGCUAUGUUACUCAGAAGGGUGAGAUUCGUGGGGCGAGUACACCUUUUGGAUUCAGACUGGCUCAUUCUAGUGUGUCUGACCACCUAGACAACGAUUACAGUCAAGAAAUGCUCAUCAUCACUACCCAAGACAAACUUGAAGAAACAGAAAGAGAGAAGGAUGCUUUGAAGACCAACAAUCUGAAACUAGUGGAGGAAAACACAGCCCUGAAGGAAAAGAUCAAACAGCUUGAAACACAGGCAGAGCAAGACAAAGAAGAACAUUCUAGAGCACUGGAGGCAAAUAAGAAGGACAUGGUGGUGUUACAGAAACAAAUCUUGGAACAGAAAGUGGAUAAUGAGGUGGAAAUGAAAGCACAGAUUGAAAAGGCAGAACAACUCAGAAAGGAAUUGACUGAAAAAAAGGCAGUAUGCUUAAGUGUACAAAAGGAAAACCAGGACUUGCAGGCAAAGAUAGAGUCAGCACAGGCCUCUGUUGAGCAGUCAAAACAGGAAUGUGACAAAGCUGUUGAUUACGGGAAACAACUCCAGCAAGAAACCAAAACACUAAAAAUGGAGAUCAGCACAAAGGAGACUGAGCUAACAAGUCUGUCAGAAAUAAAGAAUCAGAUUGCAAGCGAGUUAAAAGUUGCCCUGGACAACUUCAAGCACAUUCAGUCUGACCUUGACAACCAGAAAAGAGAAAAUGAAAAGUUAACAGAGGAUCUGAAGAAAAUGGCAAAAACGGAGAUUGAGCUGCAGAAUCAGACAGCCGAGGUUCACCACUUGCAGCAAGUCUUGUCCGAUUAUGAAAAGUUGAAGGCUUCCAACUCGAAUACUGAAAGACAGCUCCAGAAGCAGAUAGAAAAUCUCUACCAGCGUCUGAAAGCCACGGAAGAGGGAUUGCAGCUGGCUGAGCAGCAGCAGCAGGUUCGUACCACUGCAGAACUGAGAGCAACAGAGGCCGACCGGGAGAAAAAUGACAUCAACCUUCAAGAUGCUCAUCAAGAAAUUCAGCAUUGGAAAAGCAAAUUUGAAAAGAUGGAUCAAAUCUUUUCAAAGAGUGAGGUUAGGUUUAAAGAAAUCGAGUGCGAGCUUGAUAUCAAGACCCAUAUCGCGGACCUUCGCACUAUGGAAGUGGCUGAUUUACAAGAAGAGAUCAAGAAGCUGAAUAGGAAAAUUGACGAUUUGAGAGUGGGUUCAAACCACCGGAGUGGAUCAUUUCAGCUGGAGCACCCUAAUCCCUACAGCUUGACUGUUCCAAAAGUCCAUUCCGGACACUCUGGACUACUGUUCGGCAACCCAUACUCUGAGUGCGAUACCAACAAAUCACAGAGUGGUGGAAGCCCUGAUGUUGCACAAAAGCCGGAUGAUAUGAAGAAUUCACAGGACAUGGUAGAGGAGAUUCCAACUGACUGCCAAAAAUGCCCAGUAUGUGAUGUCCUCUUCCCGCUCAACUUGGAGGAUUUUGACUUCGAGCAACACGUUCAGAAACACUUUAUUUACGAAUGCCCUGUGUGCCAAAGAAGCUUUCCAGAGAGCAAACUCGGUGCUUAUGAAGCUCAUGUGCAGGCCCAUUUUUUGGAGUUCAACUGAGAGACAAAUAACAAACAAGUUUUGAGUUCUACUUUAUAAAGUUCGUACCGUUUUCCAGCCUGAAUUUUAUUUUAUUUUUUUCCUUUUUGGCACACUCAUUUUUUAUUUUAUUUUAUUCAUUAAAAUCUUGUUCAUUCGCUCAAGUAGUUUUACAUAGUCAAAGGGGAUGAGCAGUGAGCUUACUGUCCCAUCUCUGCUGAUAUUACGCUUGCUCUAACCAUGCAGAGGGACUUGAGCAUAGCACGUGUGACUUGCCUGGCUAUAGAGUGUGUGACUUAGUGAUUGCAUUGGGACUCAACCCAAUGAUGGACUGCUAUAAAACAGCGACCUUUUAAGAGGCUUUUUCAUUUGAACUAAUUGCAAAUCUACAACAUCUUAUUCUUUAAGUCUAGUAGCAAAUGUCACAUUUGUGCGACCAGAUGCAAAUCUAGUCUGUUUUUAAAAAAAGAGACAAAGCCUCUUUAGUGUUAGGUACUUCUGAACUGAAGCCUAAUACUUGCAACAAUUUACAAAUUUGUAAAAUUCUAUGAUCUAACAACCAUUAAGCUUGAAAGGGUACAGAUUAAUAUAAUGUGGAGUAUACCUGUCAGAAACCAGCAUAUUACCUGAUUGGCUUUGCACAUAUAUGUGGCCUUGCACAUAUCUCUCGAGUCUCACUUCAAAGUUACAAAUUCACAAUUCUAGGCUCUAUUGUCAAUCUGAAUUCUUCUAACAACACACAACUCUUUCUUAUCAGCAGUACAUUACAUAAUACAGGUAGAGCAAAAACCCUUCUCGGUAUAGUACAUAUCAUAGUAUGGAACUGCGGUUUCACAAUGUAACAUGAGAUCUGUUGAUAACUUGAUAAUAUUUGCCACUAUUUUGUUUCUUUCCGUCCAUUUCCUACCCUCAUUUGGGUGAGUUGCAUUCACAGAAAAGAAAAUUGUCCUGAAUUUCUUGUGAUUGCAUUUGGAAUUGUGCAUGAUUAGGAUACAGAAUAAGUACCAUCUGUUAAUCAACUUGAGGUUUAUGCAAUUGCUGUGUAAAUGCCAUUCUUACUGGUGGUUUAUUUAAAAGCUUUAUUACUAUACUUCUGGAAUAUUAAAUGUAGGGCAGUUGCUAUAUAAGUUUCUUCCUAAUUAUUAUGAGGAUGGUGGAUAUUUGAAUGUUGGAUUUGAAAUGUCUGUUUACAAUACUGACUUGAAUUUAGUGUACAGCACAUGUAUGUUGUAAUGUCACUGUUCUUGUAAGAUGGAAUUGAAGAUUGCUGAAAAUUAAAGAUUACAUUAUGA